ACCAAAUGAAUCUGUAGAUUUCUGUCAAAAAAUGAACAUGCAUGUAUUCACAUGAUAUUUUUCAGGUCUUAUUGAGUGUUUUAGUACAACAUGGACAGGUGGGCCUCUGCUUUUAUGAUAGUGAGGACUCUUCUUUACACUAUAUGCCAGAUACAUCUGAUAACCAUGAACUCCAGCUCUUGGACAGAGUGAUUCAGGAGGUUAAGCCCCAUGUGAUCAUUACUAGUGCAAAGCAGGAACGCUGCCUGACUCACUACCUGAAACAACUGGGUUCCAACCCACAAUACAAGCCAGAGGUGGUCACUUACCCAAAUGCUGACUUUGGCCUGGAGGUUGGUAAGCAAAGACUGCUCUGUGCCCAUCUGCCUUUCCUUCCAGGCAGCAUUUCAGAUAGAGACAAAAUGUCCUAUCUCACCUCCUGUAUCACUUUUGAUUCACCCCUGAUGCUUAGGGCAGUUGGAGCUCUGCUAAAAUGUCUGGACAGGAGGAGAGUGGGAGUAGAACUGGAAGACAGCAGUGUUGGAGUUCCAAUUCUGCAGUUUCAUGCCUACACACUUAAAGGUGUGGUGUACAUUGACAGAGACACUUACAGUGUACUCCAAAUUUUCAAAUCAGAUCUGCACCCAUCAGUGUACAAGCUAGAGUCCGGUGAAAAGGAAGGGCUCAGUCUUUAUGGAAUUCUAAAUCGCUGUAAAAGCAAGUCUGGGUCCAAACUUCUACGGCAAUGGUUUCAGCGUCCUACUCAAGAACUGUCAGUGCUACACAGAAGACAGGAAGUGAUCCGUUUCUUCACUUCACCUCGACACUCUGACAUCCUGAAAACCUUGCAGUCCUCGCUGCGCAACAUCCGAAACAUACCAAGUCUCCUGCGUCGCAUGUCUCUCUCUAACACCAAAGUGACUGACUGGCAGAGUCUCUACAAGACGGUUUACAGCGCGGUGUGUAUCAAGGACACAGUGCGAAACCUGCCUCAGUCCGUUCAACUCUUUCACGAUAUCAGUGAAAAGCUGUCUGAUGAUCUCCACCACAUCGCCAAUCUCAUCAACCGAGUUGUGGAUUUUGAAGUCAGCUUACAGGAGAAUCGCUUUACCAUCAAACCAAACGUCGACCCUGCCAUUGAUGAGAAGAAGAGAAGGAUGAUGGGACUGUCUGACUUCCUGACAGACAUCGCCAGAAAGGAGCUUGAAAACCUGGACUCUCGUAUCUCCUCCUGCUGUGUCAUUUACAUCCCCCUGAUUGGAUUCCUGCUCUCUGUGCCUCGGCUGCCUAACAUGGUGGAAAAGGAGGAUUUUGAAAUGGAAGGGCUUGAAUUUAUGUUCCUCUCAGGGGACCGACUGCAUUACCGCAGCCAGAGAACCAGGGAGCUGGACAACCUCCUAGGAGACCUGCACUGUGACAUUAGAGAUAUGGAGACGGCAGUGAUGACCCAGCUGCAGAACACAAUCCUGGAAAAGAGUACUUCUCUUUAUCAGGUUUUGGACCUCACUGCUGAGCUGGACUGUCUGAUGGCUAUGAGCAGCGCCUCCCUGGAGUACAGCUACACCUCGCCUAAACUUACCAGCCACAGAAAGAUUACAGUCAUACAGGGCAGACAUCCACUACUGGAGUUGUGUUCCCCCGUGUUUGUGCCCAACUCCUUCCAGAGCUCUGAGUCCGAAGGCAGAGUCAAGAUUAUCACUGGUCCCAACUCCUCUGGCAAGAGCAUUUACCUCAAACAGGUGGCUCUGAUUGUGUUCAUGGCUCUGAUUGGCUCAGACGUCCCGGCGAAGGAGGCAGAGAUCAGUUUGGUGGAUGGGAUCUUCACCCGCAUGCAGAGCAGAGAGUCCAUCUCUGUGGGCCUCAGCACCUUCAUGAUAGACCUCAAUCAGAUGGCCCUGGCUCUUAACAGUAGUACUGGCAACUCAUUAGUACUCAUCGAUGAAUUUGGCAAAGGAACUAACACAGUGGAUGGGCUGUCUUUGCUGGCUUCAUCAAUCUCUCACUGGCUGAAGAAGCCUCUGCUGGAUGUUCCUCACAUUCUGUUGGCAACUAACUUCCACAGCCUGCUGCAGCUGGACCUGCUACCAGCCAGUGGCCUCCUGUCAUUUCUGUGUGUGUGUGUGUGUGUGUGUGUGUGUGUGUGUGAGACAAGACGAUUUAUGUGUGUGUUGAACAGGUGCAGCUCUGUGGUGGCGAGGUUCCUGAGCCUGGACCUGGAGGACAAACAGUUGGAUCUGCAGAGUUUUAUUAAAGACGAGCUCCUGCCCUCUACUGGAGAGCUGACGAACCGCAGCUGAACUCUGCUGCAGCGCACGUUUUCCCACCUCUGUGGUCAGUGUGUUCAUUGAAAUGUUUCAGGUUUGUUUGAAGAGAUGGUUCAGCUCCAGAGCACAGAUAUGGACAGUUUAUGACCAAACUUCUAUUUAAAUGACACAAAAAUAUUUGUUCUCUUAAGGGUUUUAAUGUUCUUGAGUUUGUUUUAAUACAUUGUAUACAUUUUCAGGUAUUCAGUGCAAAAUAUAAAUAAUAGAUUUAUUGAUUUAAUUAAUAAAUUAAAUUAAAAAGUUGGCAUUUCAUGCUAUAUUUGUCUUUAUAUGUGUCUAGUGUCAUCUUAUUUGUAAGUCAGUACAAAAACUGGUACCACUAAUAAUGGUCCCUUUACAAAGAUUUUGUUAUUGCUUUAUAAAUAAAUGAUUGGUCAGUUUUUAAUGUUCUGUGAAGCAUUUACAAUCAGUUAUGAAACAUUUCAUAAAUGAAGGCCUCACUAUUUGGCAAGAUCAGGUUUACUUUUGUUCAGUCAUAUGAAUUGAAUAUCUUGCUGGUUGUUCUUUUUCAUUUUUUAACCUAACAAGACAAAUAUAAAGCAUUCAAUAAAAACAGGUGUGUGAAUGUUUGUAGCAGUGCCUUAUAACUGUUUUAUCACAGAUUUUUAAUGCUUUAUAAAGGGAGAUCUCAUUGAGAAGUGGUACCCAAACAUUUUGUGAAGUUGACCUAAAUCCUUAUGUGAUUUUCACAAUAACUUUACAUAACAAAAAUAUUUUUAAAAUUGCUCAUUAAUUGUCCUGUGAGGGCUUCAGUAAGGUGCCAGAUAGUUAAGAAAGCCACAGUUAGAUACAAAAAUGUGUGGACACAAAGUUUAUGUGCUGAGUUGCAGAAAGGCGUGUUGCAGCAGGAUUUGGUCAUGACAAAGACGGUGUUGUUCAAAAAGACAGUCGCCGUCAUUUCCUCGCUGCACUCCUCCGAUUUCACACAACCCAUCGUCUUAAUGUCCAGAACAU